CAGCCCAAACCAGAAGCACCAGUCACCAAUUCAAGCUAAAGGUUAUACGCAAGAACAGCGAUGGCUGGAAGAAUCGAAAUCUCGGUUAUGCUUCUUCUAUUGAUCGCAACGACUUCGAAUGCCGCCAUUUCGUGCAGUGCCGUGAUCAAGGACUUGAGACCAUGUGUGAACUAUCUGGUGAAAGGGAGCGGGAAACCGCCGUCAACUUGUUGUGCCGGAGCGUCUGCUCUGGCAUCCGCGGCGACGUCAUCGGCUGACAAGAAAGCUGCUUGUGCGUGCAUAAAGUCUGCAGCUAAGAACAUGAAACCCAAAAACGACUUGGCUCAGGCUCUUCCUUCAAACUGUGGAAUCACAUUGCCCGUCGCCAUUUCACCGAACGUCGAUUGUUCCAAGGUUGGUUGAGAACUGGAAGUGCAGUGGUUGGACACAUGAAGUAAUCGAAACUCCGUUUUAUAAUGAACUAGAAUCCUGCCUUGGUAUUUGGAUUCCUUCGAUGAAUAAAGCUUGAUAUCAUCAUCUACUGUUUCUGUUUUCACUUUCUCUGGUUUUAUGUAUCUGUGAUCAUGUCGUAUUCAAAUAUUUUAUUAUUUUACACUUUGUAUUAUAUUUAUGGAGUAUUUUAAUGUUGGAUUUCCCUCUGUACGUUAUUUU